UGGUUCUUGAUUCGGCAACUCCAACAUUGGAUGCUGCUGAUAUUGUGGAUGAUUACUACUUGAACUUAUUGGAUUGGGGAAGCGGCAAUGUUCUUGCAAUAGCUAUUGGAAGCACUGUGUAUUUGUGGACUGCUUCGGCUGGUUCAACCUCAGAACAACAAUCUCUUAGCAACAUUUUCUUCUCUAGCUCUCUUUUUGUGAAUUUACUUUCAUAUUUCAUCUGCUCUUGCUUUCUUUGAUUUCAUUAUCUGUUUCCAGGAUUUCUCUAACUUUGUUUUCUUUUUGCGGGUUUAAUUUGUGUUUUCUCGUUUGUAAUUUCUUUGUUGUCAAAGUUAAGGAUGCAGGUUCAAUGAAUUCAUCGUCCAAACUGAAGGCACAACCUGAUGCAGGUUCAAUGAAUUCAUCUUCCAAUUGAAGGCACGACCCAAAUGCCACUUCAAGAACAGUUUCUUCACAGAAGAAAAUCUAAAGAAAAUUUGGACAGAUGCAUCCCCGACCGAUCGGCAAUGGACUUUGAUUAUGCCCAUUUUAUGCUCACAGAGGGCUUAAAAGGCAAGGAGAAUCCGGCUGUCAGUUCACCUUCCCCUUACAGGAAGAAGCUUGCAGAGAUAUUCAACAUGAAUAGAAGUAGAAUUCUUGCCUUCAAGAACAAGGCACCAAUGCCAGUUGAACUCAUUACUACGGAACACUCCACCGCUUCUGUUCAACAGACUAAAUUGGCUAAACCCGGCAGGCAUAUCCCUCAGAUUUCUGAGAGGACAUUGUUUGCUCCUGAUCUUGUGGAUGAUUACUACUUGAACUUAUUGGAUUGGGGAAGCGGCAAUGUUCUUGCAAUAGCUCUUGGAAGCACUGUGUAUUUGUGGGAUGCUUUGGAUGGCUCAACCUCAGAACAAGAAUGAGAGAGAGCUACUUAGCUCACACGGAUUUCCAGAACAAAAAUUCCCUGACGAUUUGUAUUGUAUAUGCAUCUGAUUGUGUCCCAAGGGCAAAUUCCUUCAGUUGGUGCUUUGACAUCUAGUGCUGGGAAGCUGGUCUUGACAUCUACUGCCAAAAAGCAGGUUUUGACAUCCACUGCUGAAAAGCUGGUUUUGAGUUCCACUGAGGUUCGUAAAACCUGUGAAAAAAGGAAAUAAUCGUAAAUCAGCUACAUUGGCAGCAAACUGUUUGAUGCCAAAGUUCCUCUUAGGAAAAAGGUUCAACUCCUUAUCCUUUUUGUUAGUGUCUAUGGCUUGACUGAUCAAGACAAAGCUUUCAUAAGCUCACGUUUCUGUCUAUGGCUUAAAAAGGGAAGUGAGGACUUUUAAAAUUACAUUUUUAUUCUUCUUUAUUUAUUAUUAA